ACAACUCUCGGCCCGAGGGGAAUGGACAAGCUCAUCCACAACGACAAGGGCAACAUCACGAUCUCCAACGAUGGGGCUACGAUCAUGAAGCUGCUCGACAUCGUUCACCCUGCUACCAAGAUCCUUGUCGAUAUCGCCAAGUCUCAGGACUCCGAGGUUGGUGAUGGUACCACUACAGUCGUGCUGCUUGCAGGUGAAUUCUUGAAAGAGGCAAACCCUUUCAUUGAGGAUGGUGUCCAUCCUCAAAAUCUUAUUAGAAGCUACCGAGCUGCAGGCAACUUGGUGAGUGUAUUAGUGACUGUCUGCAUGAUAUACUGUAGUUUAUUGUUCGCUGAACUGAAUAUUAUACCAUGUAUUACAGACCAUUAGCAA